AUGGAGUCCUUUGUACAGAGGAAGAUGGCUGAGGGCAAGGAAAGGCGUAUCGUCGAAUGGGAUGAGACUGAGGCAAAGAAGCGGUUUUCCGAGCUCCUGUUAAACUAG